AUGACGAAGGAGUAUGUUGUAAAGGCUAACGACGUUUACAUGUUAAUAAAAAUUUGUAACUUGUUAGAUAUCAAUGCAGUGAGCCAUGUAAAAACAGCAAUAAAAAGUAUCAUCUUAGAUUUGUUUGGGAUAUCCAUGUUAUUAAUGGUUAGUUUUAAAAUUAUAAAACUAGUAGAUGAUAAUAUGUUUUUUAUUUUGAAGACGGAUAUAAGGUUCGUAAACUUAUUUUUAUAUGUCAUGCAACCUGACCACACGACUAAAUAUGAAUUUUCUUUAGAGGUCAUAAAGGUAUCCAAUUUUUUGCCCAAUAUUACCUGCACAUCAAACAGUAACAUUCAAAUUGAAAAUAUGUAG